AUGGCUGCUACUGGUCAGAUUUCCAACCCACCUAUGCCAUCUGGUGAUAUCAAGUAUGAUGAUGGUGGAAAUCCCUUUGUGCAUGAUUCAAGUGGUGCAUGGAUCCCACACCUGAUUUCUCAAAGCAGCCUGUUCAUCAUGUGCUCCAACUGGAUCACUACCAAGCUGCCUGCACCACCCAAGGGCCUGAUGAGCCUGUUGAGCAUGCAUUUGAGCACCAAGGCAUGCAUCCAGCAUCUGCCCCUGCCUGCCAUAGAUCCUGCACUCAUGCCACUCCCAUCUGGUCGAGAUGAUGAUCUUAUUAUUCCAUCCUUGAUUGCCCAGUCCCAGGGGAGAGCUGCUUCCCCAAAAAUUGCUGGCUCAUGUUGCCCUGCCAAGGGUGGUUCUAGUGUAAAUAAAAGUAGAGCAUCUAAGGGAAAAGAGAAGGGGAGUAUAGGCAUGCCAAGGUCAAAGAAGUGGCAACAGGAUGUCAUUGACUUGGAUGAUGAAGAGGAGAUGAAGGUGAAAUGUGGCCAGCCUCAAGGUGCUGGAAAUUACUCCAUUGGUGAUAUGAAUGCACUACUUGAGUAUGUUGAAUAG